CAAGUAGUCAGAAUACAAUUGCAUACAAUUGUUAGAUGUCUCAUGCUGCGAUGCGAUAAUCGUGACUGCGCUCAAGUGCCGUAUGCCUAGUGCUUAAGCGCGAUGCGACGAAGAUCACCAGACACUGGCAGUAGUUAAAACAGGAAAAGAAAAAAGGAGUCAAAUGCCGCCUUCAUGCCACAUCUGAUAUUCGGACCUCCAAUAGAGGAAACAUGACUUGAACGCGAAGUCGGGUCGAUUUUUUUGGUCGGAGACCCGUGCAGAAGUUUUGUGCCCCGAGGCAUCCUUCUUGACGUCACUAUCAUAUUCUCCAACCACGACGGUCUCCCUUGCAACAACACAAGAGACGAAUUUCACUCAUUAUAAAUAGGCAAGGUAAUUUAUCACUAAAUUAAUACUAGAAACACUCGCCCGAGACAUUUUCCUUCUUGCUCAACCAUAUGAUCAACUAUCUUUGGUAAAGUCAUUUAUGCAUUUCCUGCAGUUGUUUUCCGAGCUGAUCUCAUGAACACACUUGCGCAAAGGCAGUAUUGGUAUAAAGUUGUGUCCGUGGAGCUAAGGCCUACUAGAUUAAAAUACUAUCGGACAGCCUGCAUUUCAAAGCUCCAAAUAAUUUUCCAGUUAAGUGAAGGUCUUGAGGAUGUGCUAAUUGGACAUUCCUCACACCUAGUCAAAACAUUUUGCCAGUAGCAAAUUCGCUGUGAAACGGUCGUUUAAACUUAGUGGACAGGACACCCCUGCAUUUUUACGGUCGUGGUAUCGUCCAGUAAGAAGUAUGGAGUCCAUGGUGACUUUAAUUUCUGCACAACUCUGAUUUCUUUCUUUCUCAAUCAAGAAACUACAAUGCACAGCUUCGCAGAAGUAGAGCGCGAGGCUAUCACAGCGGUGUUCAGGAACAACAACAGCUUUCCCACUCCCUUGUCGGCAGCUGUCAACCAUGAGACAGACACUUCCAACGGGACCCGUUAUAUCUCAAUUUCCACGGUGUGGAGUCAGGUGGAACACACCAGGGCAACCCGUCUAUCCUUCUCUCAGAGCUGGACUCUACAGUGCGACCGCAAGAGUGUGCUGCAAUGCCUUCCACCAUCGCCCUGCACACACACCAACAGAGAGUUACUUAACAGCUACUCGCCUUCAGGAACUUAUCAGGCGGUUAUCAGUCAGGCAUCAGGACGCCAGUAUCUGGAGGUAUGGUCCAGCAGUGGUCUGCAGACGAGCCUGGAUCUCACGGCUCUGAAUGUGCAUGGGGCUGUGUAUGAGGAUGCUGCCCUUGCGUGUCUGGCCUGGACGGCAAGUGAGCGCCGGCUGCUCUAUGUUGCUGAGAAGAAGAGGCCAGCCAAGGCAGAGUCAGAGCCGCCUUCAUCACCUCCGCCUGCUUUCUCUUCAUCGGCCCGGCCAUCUCCUGGAGAGGCGUUUGAUGAUAAGAAUGUGUAUGUGGAGGACUGGGGAGAGGGCCUCACUGGUCGGAGCUCGUCUGUGUUGUGUGUAGCUGACCUGGACAAAGGUGAUGUGACCGUCCUCAAGAACGUCCCACUGCACACAAGCCCUGCCCAGGCUCUUUGGACUCCAGAUGGAGAAGGCGUGAUCUAUGUUGGGUGGUUUGAGGAUCCUUUCAGACUAGGCUUGAAGUUCUGCUCCAAUCGCAGGUCCGGUUUGUAUCACCUAGAUUUGCAGGGCCAUCUUGAGAACUUGACAGACUGGUCAAUCACUGGUCAGAGUGUGUCGUGUCCUCGCCUUAGUCCCGAUGGACGCUGGCUGGUGUACCUGAAGGGGGAAGUGUUUGGACCUCACCACCAGUGCCUCAGCCUCCAGCAGUAUGACUGGCAGACCAAGAAGACCUCUGUGCUGCUGGAUGUUGUGAAAAGGCCAAAGCCAGGAGAAUUUGCAGGAAUUUAUGAGGCUUUGCCAUCACGUUGUUGGUCCGCAGACAGUCAGAGGAUUAUCUUCAGCAGCGCUCGUGGAAACUACAAGGAUCUUUUUGUGUUGGACAUAAUAAGCAAAAGAGUGACUCGGCUCUCAGACACCUCUGAGUUUGGCUGUUGGAAGCUGCUGCUGGUUCAUAAUGACCUGCUGGUGGUCAGCUGUUCGGCCCCCAACUGUCCCCCACGCCUGAGGGUGGGUUUCCUGCCUCCUGCAGGUGGAGAGGCUGGGAUCUCCUGGGUGACCCUGAAUGACCCCUCGUUGAACUGUGAGCUGGAGUGGAGGGCGCCUGAGUUGAGUCCUGCUCCCCAGGAGGAGAACGUCCAGUUCUCGGGUCUGCGGAUUGGGGUGUUGCUGGUGAAGAGGGUCGUUCGUGACCGCUCAAAGCUACCUUUGGUGGUCUUCAUUCAUGGCGGUCCACACUCUCAGUUCUGUGCAGAGUGGAUCCCCAGCGUCGCAGCUUUGGCCAGUCUGGGCUACGCUGUGCUCAUGGUGAACUACCGUGGCUCUACUGGCUUUGGGCAAGAUAGCAUCCUCUCUCUGACUGGGAACAUUGGUUGCCAGGAUGUCAAGGAUGUACAGAGGGCCGUUCUGUAUGCACUGCAGGAUGAUGUGACCCUUGACCCCCAGCGAGUUGUGGUGAUGGGCGGGUCACAUGGUGGUUUUCUGGCCUGUCAUCUUGUCGGUCAGUACCCAGACUUCUACAAAGCGUGUGCAGCCCGCAAUCCUGUAAUCAACGCUGCCACACUUGUUGGUACCAGUGAUAUAGUGGACUGGCGAUACUCCUCUAUAGGACUGAAGUACUCAUUUGGGCAGCUGCCCACUUCAGAGGCCCUGAGCCUCAUGCUGGAGAGAUCACCCAUCAUACAUGCAGAACAGAUCCGUGCGCCUGUGUUGCUGAUGUUGGGAGCUAAAGACAGGAGAGUGUCCCCCCACCAGGGCCUGGAGCUCUACAGAGCACUGAAAAGCAGGCACUCCCCUGUCAGGCUGCUGUGGUUUGUGGAGGAUGGCCACUCUCUUGGGAGUGUGGAAACUCAGGCAGACUGCUUCAUCAAUAUUGUGUUAUGGUUCCAGCAAGCUUUGAAAUUGAAGUGACGUUGCGACAGCACACACGCACACACACACACACACACACACCCUCUCUCCUCCUUUCAUAAGCUCCCUACUACAGUGACAAUACUGUGUUUUAUAGCAAUGUUUUGCAGUGGUUAUUAUGAGACUCAUAAAGCACGCUGAGACUUGA